AUGGCAACGACCAUAAGCUACUUGCUUCGUCGUGAAGAUAUGAGUUGGUGGGCAGUUACUCACCCAUUAAUUCUUCAAGCUUCCAACUUGAACGUCACUUUUGUAUUUUUCUACGUUGUAAUAGCAUUUUCAGCCUUUGGGAUUGUGGCAUGGACUUUAUCAUGUCACGGAGGUCCGGCAUGGAAAAAUGGCCGCAACCGUGUAGGUUGUGUUUCCAUUCCAAGCCCCACGGGGCUUCCCAUCUUUGGCAGUUUGCUGAGUUUGGUUCAUGGCUUGCCUCAUCGAACCCUUGCGUCCAUGGCACGAACUAGCCAAGCAGCCACCCAACUCAUGGCUAUCAGCAUAGGGAACACCGCUACUGUGGUUGCCUCGGACCCACAAACUGCUCGUGAAAUCUUGACCUCCCAGCACUUUGCUAACCGUCCCAUCAAGCAAUCGGCUAAGCUACUCUUGUUGAACAGGGCUAUUGGGUUUGCACCCGAUGGACCCUACUGGAGGCAAUUGAGAAAAAUUGCUUCAUCUCAUCUCUUAGCUCCCAAGCACAUUUUUGCACACGAACCUACACGCCGGCUAGAGUGCACCUCCAUGUUAAAUGGCAUUGCGAAAGAACAGUCCUUGAAUGGGUUUGUUGUACUAAGAAAGCACUUGCAAACUGCUUCUUUGAACAACAUAAUGGAAAUUGUUUUUGGCAAAAGCUACAAUAAAGCUGGGGAUGUUGAUGAAUCUAUGGAACUUCAGGAGAUGGUGACAGAAGGGUUUGAGCUCCUGGGAGCUUUUAACUGGUCUGAUCACUUGCCGUGGUUGAAGUACUUUUAUGACCCGCUUUGCAUCAACCAUCGGUGCAAGGCUCUUGUCCCUCGAGUCAAGAUUUUUGUCCAAAAGAUCAUCAAUGAACACAAACUCAGAGGCUCGGUUGAUCUCCAUGAGGGUUCCGACUUCGUUGAUGUUUUGCUCUCUUUAGAUGGCGAAGAGAAGCUCAGUGAGGAUGAUAUGGUGGCCAUCCUAUGGGAAAUGGUAUUUCGAGGCACUGAUACGAUUGCUCUUCUAACCGAGUGGGUGAUGGCUGAAUUGGUGCUGAAUAAAGGCAUUCAAUCCAAGCUCCGAAUUGAACUUGACAACGUUAUGGGAGACAAGAGUGUCAAUGAUGCUGAAAUGGCUAAACUUCCCUACCUUCAAGCUGUAAUCAAAGAGGCCCUUCGUCUCCAUCCACCUGGUCCUCUCCUAUCAUGGGCUCGUCUUUCUACAUCUGACGUCCAUCUCACCAAUGGCAUGGUCAUUCCAUCAAACACUACUGCCAUGGUCAACAUGUGGGCCAUCACACACAAUUCCGAUGUAUGGGACAACCCUUUUGCGUUUGAGCCUGAGAGGUUCUUAUUGUCUGCAGGUGGUUCUAAGGUAGACAUAAGAGGCAGGGACCUUAGGCUUGCACCAUUUGGAGCAGGUCGUAGGGUUUGCCCUGGAAUGAACUUGGGUAUGGUUACGGUUAGCCGGUGGGUGGCUAUGUUGGUGAACCGUUUUGACUGGGUUCAAGACAUGGCUCGUCCUGUUGACCUAACUGAAGUGCUGAAGCUCUCUUGCGAAAUGAAGGAACCUCUAUAUGCAAAAGUUGUUUCAAGGAAUGAUCAUGUUUCCUCAAUGAUGUAAGCUUUUGGAGUGGGUUCUCGUAUGGUAUAAUAUGGAUAUGGUGAAGUACUCUCAUUUCAUCCUCAAGGGGUAAAUAAGGAAUCAAAUAAAGAAUUGAGAGGGCAAAGGUGUUGUUCUUUGUUAAAGUGAAAAGUGACAUUUCUCUUUUAUGUAUCAUGUAUGUCGAUAUUAAAGUUACUCCUUGUACUUGCAAAAAGUUUGUGUGUUUUUAUCAUAACUUGUAAUAUUUAUAAAGUAUUAUAGUGGAGUUUCUAUUGCUUGG